CUUGUCUCUGCUCCACCACAUUCCGGACUGUCCUAGCCUUAUAAAAACCAGGACCCACGAAUCUAGGCGCACCCCUAUCAGGCCCCUAGAGCAGCAAUAACAGGGCGAGAUGCCAUUCGCAUCUCACGGCGUGCGGUCUGCUGCCCGCAAAGCCGCCAAUGCCCUCCGUUCGCACCAUGGGACGAGCGGAGGGACACACCAUGGCGGUGGAGGGGCUGGAAGCAGAGCCUUACACACCGCGCCAGUUCGACCACCCACGGUCCACAAUUCCCAUUUGACCCAGUUCUUCGCAACGACACUUGAACAAAUCCGACCUCGUACACCUCCCCACCAACUCUUUUCCUCGACAAGAGGGCUUGUUGCUCGGCUUUUCACCCGCCUCGCUGCACCAGGGAUCAAGGUUCCAUUGGGACCCAACCCCUUGUCUAAUGCAAGCCGGACGCUGGUGAAGGCUAGGCCGAUUACCAUCCAAUCUGGGUUGUCGCUUCCCGUUCGACAUGCAAUCCGUAACAACAACUUCGGAUCGGGCACGUUCCUUCCCAGGGCUCCCCAGGUUCCUAUCCGUGGGCCUGUUGCCUCUCAGGUGGGCUUGGGCACCGCCCGAAGCUUCUCUACUGGAAGGCCCAUCUUCCAGAACCUCGUCGACAACGUCCCAAUCGCAGUCCGCGCACUGUAUGAAGCUGACUUGGACGAUCUCAAGACCGGCCGACCCAAACCCAUGCGCAGGCACCUCGUCGUCGCAUCUACGAAGAAGGUUCGUAGGACGGGCGGCUCCAAGUUGAAGGCACGACCUACCAAGAUCGAGAUGAAGAAGCCUGCUGUCGCAAAAGAGCAGUCAUUUGAAUCCGCCGACCUCGAGCGCUACUUUUCCGCUCCCGUCGCUCCCGCCGUCACCACCUACCUCCUCAUCCCUCUCGCUCCCACCCCUACCAACAGGGUCCCACUUUCCGCACUUGACGAUUACCUCGACAGAGCACCAGACAUAGCUUCAGGCAACGGGAGGUUCUUACCUCUCCCUCAAGUAGGCCAGACGCACGCCUCGCACAGCAACCACGCUCUUCGUGUAUCAACUCUCUUUGCGCGGCUGGACCAGGCCAAUGUAUGGUCCAGGAGUGGUGUUGUCUGCUCGGCCUAUUCUGGGCCAGGAGCUGGGAUCAUACGGCCCCGACGACGUGAUCAAGCCAAGACGAACGUCAGCCGCGAGGACCUGCAUGAGUUGGAGGGCGUGUGCACCGUCCUCAAGGUGGAGUUCCAAGGGUGGACGGAGGCGGAGGUUAGAGGUGUUAUCGGAGAGAGUGGGAAGGGGUGGUGUUCGCUGGAAGAGGUAUGGCAUGCCGAAGAAGAGAACGAGAAGGGAUAUCUAUCGGCAGCGGAGGAAGAAGGCGAAUCGUUGUUCUCGGGAUCUAGCCUGACGUCCCCAGCAUCGUUUGCGUCCCCUCUUCCGAUGGAUACAACGUUCGACAUGGGGACGCCUAAUAUCGAUCCAGCACAGUCAUUCGUCCUCCCGACCCUCGAUUUUUCUUCUUCAUUCCUCUCUGAAGCCAACGAACGCCGUGCGUUCAGGGAGGCGGAACAAAAUGUGCAACCUGGGGUCGACCUCGAGUACGACGAUCCUUGGAAUGAAUUCGACAGUAGUUCAAGUGAAGACGGAUACGUAUCUUCCGGGUCUCUAUCACCUUUAUCAUCCAUCUCUAGGUCAUCCUCGUUCGAGGAUGUGAUGCAGACCUCUAUUCCUGCGUCCCCUUCGUCCCAUGGCCCGUCGUCGACUUGGUCAGCUGUCGAAUUUAGCUCGAGCUUCUAUGAAGCUGCUUCCAAUGUUGAACCGAGGGAAGUCCUGUUUUGAAGUUGAAUGGCGGGCCCGUGCCCGAUUCCCUUAUCUAUGAUUCUCUUUCUGUAACUGAACGCACCAAAUCAACGAAACACGAAGGUCUCUAUUUGUUAUUACCGUAUCACCCGCUCUCUGUUUUAUUUUGUACUACGCUUCCUUCCAAUCGAUUGUGUUUUUGAA